CCCAUUGUCUGAAUGUAUCUGCUCUCACACACUCUUCAGCAACACUGCAUUCAACACAUUGAACUGCGCCAUGCACCGUGCUUACCAGCCCAUAGUACCAGCAGCGAACAAGUACCUGCAGAAGAAAUGGGACCAGAGCAGGUACGAGGAGCACAGGCACAAGGUCGUAAAAACUAGACCAGUGGUGGACACCAAGGGAUUCCAAACCCCUGCUCACCUCCAACUGAAACUUAAGAAAUUACAGCUGGAAGAGGAGCGCCUGGCCACCAUCGAGAGAGACAACCACAUCUUGUCAUCAAAACUGUCUGACAUCAUGAGGUCUAACGGACUGGUGGACCAUAGGAACAGCUACCCAGAGAGGAGCCUGAAUGCAGAGAAGCGGCGGCAGCAGCUGCAGGUGGUGACCAGGGAGAACCAGGGCAUUCUGGAGCGCAUCACGAUUCGCAAGUCUGAGUACCGGCGCCAGAGGUGGGAGGAAGACUGGGAGCGGACAGAGAGGCGCAGAGAUGACAUCGCUAGGUACCCGCGCAGAGUCACCAACCAGCAGAGGUGCAAGAGAGUGCUUUUUCAACAAGACACAGACCCCAACGAGAAACAGACCUCAAGCAGCUUGUCUGAACAGGCUAACAAAGAGGACACUGAACAGUGAAGGCACCAAACUGCUGGCCCAGGUUCUUGGACAUAUGAUAAGUGUCAACGUCCUCUCUAAAGAGGAAGAGGAGUCACCCGAGACAAUACAUGGGUCUAACAGUGGUGAUCAAUAUACAAAUAUAAAUUUAUACUUGUAUUAAUAACUGCUGUGUUGAUUUUAUUUUUUAUGUUGUGCUGUAAUAGUUAUACAGGGAGAUUCAUAAAUGUGGGAUACUCCCAAAAAAUAUUAUAACAAAUAUUAAUAGAGAACAUGUAUCAGGCCAAUGGUUACUUUGACUAAAACAUGUUCUGGAGUUUUCAAAAGGGUUUGUUUAUUAACCACUAUGCAAGUCCAAUAUGCUAACAUUUUGUAUUUGUUUCUAUGGUAGUUGCUAAUUGUACCACUAUUGUAAACCAGCUUACUUUUAUUUGGAUUCUUCGCUGGUUACAUAAAGGAGUUCACUGACGAAGCAGCAGUUUAUUGGGUGGGAUUUGAAAUAUCUGCCUAUCCUAAAUUAACCGCCACAAAGUUAACACAUUGAGAUAUUCCUCAUAAAAGGA